CAGUUCUCUAUUUGGUAAACAAAAUCCCAAGCAGUAUCAACAAUGCUGCUGCUCGCAAGUGCAACAAACUAGCCGAAGUAAAUACCAUUAAUUACCAAUUAAAAACAGCGCACCAUGUCCGAGGACGAAAACUGGUCCGUAAGCUGCUUCGAGGCAACCGACUGGAUGCCCUCGCCGGAAGAGCUCGAAAACGCUUACUGUGCGCUCGAGAAGGGCACGUACACGCUCGAGCUAAACUGGAAGUGUCCCGGGCGGAGGGCACCAUCGCCGGCGAAAAAAGACGAACCCAAAGUGACGGAAACAGUUGACAAGGAGGCUGCGGCUAAGAACAAAGAGUUCGACUUCAUGGAUGACGUUGCCCUGCCGCAGAUGCGGGUGCGCGGCCAAACGAGCGGUCCGAAGGGGUCGGCCAAAAAGAAGACUACCAACUUUGCCGGCGUGCUGGACCACAUGAAGAAGCACGGCCGGCUAACACAGUCCAAGGAUAGCUCGGGAACGUAAACUCAUGCACCCGCCGCAUUUGUGCUAUGUGUGUAAGUGUGUACCUUUCCUUCGCUUUUCUAUCGUGAAUCGGGUCGAUUUGGUCGAUAUUUUUACAAAACUAAAUUUAUGUGCCCCACCCCAAUCGAAGAUAUUUGCGCGCGCCCAUGUGGUCACAACCUGGUGAACCGCGUCAAUCAUCUACCAUCAUAUGGUGUAUUCAAUAACGGGAGGCGGGAGUCGAGAGGAAAGGGGGCAGGGAAGGUCAACGAGGGACAAAUUAAUAGAUCGAUCGACCGUUAAACGACAGUAAACAGUUUAUAAAUAAAAUUUUACGAUGAAGGUUUUACCCGUCGCUGCCAAACGCUUGCUGGCAGGAAGAGCAAACAGGGUUGAAGAAGAUUCCCUAUGUGCGGCUAGCAGGUGUUCCCAUAAGUCAAAAUUGCGCGAGCAUAUUUUACGAAGCAAGGCAGCAGACAACUCAGCAAAUAGGAAGUAAUCGCAGCUUUGAUUGUACAUAUUUUUUGUAUUAAAAAAAAGAAACAAAUCUAUUCAAAUGUA